UUUGAAUCCAAUUCUCGCAGAAGGGCCGUAAGGAAAACCUUCUUUCUUCUACUUCUACUUUGACUUCCCACUUCCAUCUUCUUCUCUAUUCCCGCCCAGACGAACACACUCACUCAUUCACUUACAUGACCCUUGUUCACACGCCAGCAGCCUCAACCCAAUAAGCGAUAAUACCUGCGAAACUCUUACUGCAUCAUCAUAAUACGUGCAAUACUUGCUGAUUUCGGAACCCCCGCCAUCGCCAUCCGCCUAUCCAUUUCUCCAGACUCGCGCAGUAUCAAGUCAACAACAAUCGCAAAGUUGCCACAUCUCUAUUUCGACCAUCUCCUGAAAGCCCCGACGACUUCAAUCACCGCAACUGGCUGGAUCUGCCCAUUUUCAACGAGUCGGUCGUAAUUCGGUCUCUGCGCCGAUACUGCCGUGCCCCUCGCUUCCGUUCGCCGUCAACUACCGGCGCCGGCCGCUGUUGCUCAUCGGAUCGCGAAACCCCUCGUUCCGCUCAACCCGCCACUCUCAUCUCAGAAAACGAUAUCAACUACACAGCAAUAGCCGAAAUGGCUUGCGACUACCAAUACGUUAAGGAGCACACGAGGGAGGGUUACGUUUUUCCCUCGCACCGCUUCCAACGAUCAUGUCCUCCAGACAAAACUCCGCUAUGUCUCGUUGCUUGCGGCUCUUUCAGCCCAAUCACCUAUCUCCACCUUCGAAUGUUUCCCAUGGCUCGAGACCAUGCUCACAAUGAGAAUUUCGAAGUUGUUGCAGGUUUUUUGAGUCCUGUCAGCGAUGCCUACAAAAAGAAGGGCCUAGCUCCUGCUCAUCACAGGAUUGAGAUGUGUAGGCUUGCGACCGAAAACAGCUCUAAGUGGCUAAUGGUCGACCCAUGGGAAGCUGAGAGCCCGACUUACAUCCCAACGGCCAAAGUGCUUGAUCACUUUGACUAUGAGAUCAAUGAGGUCAUGGGCGGUGUUGAAUGCACUGACGGAAGUCGAAAGCGCUGCCGCAUUGUGCUUCUUGCUGGCCUCGAUCUCAUCCAGACCAUGUCGACUCCUGGUGUGUGGGACGAGCGUGACCUUGACCACAUCCUGGGCAACUAUGGCGUUUUUGCUUUGGAGCGUACAGGAACUGAAAUUGAUUCAACCCUGGCAAACCUGAAGCAAUGGGAGAAGAAUAUUCACAUAAUUCGUCAGGUCGUUACCAAUGACAUCAGUAGCACCAAAAUUCGCCUAUUGCUCAAACGCAACAUGUCGAUUGACUACUUGAUUCCUGAUCUUGUAGUCAGCUACAUUUUCGAAAAUAAUCUUUAUCGGGAUCUCGAUAUGCCUGACUCGAAGGGCAAAGAGAACGCCAUUACGAAUGGGCCCGAUGCCGGCACCAGCACUGGUUGAUUGUUUCUGUCCCGGCGGUAAACGACAGAACCAGUACCCACACAGACAUCGAUCCCGAUACAGCUGCCGAGCUUUGAGCACGGUAGCCGAAUCAUCGAGAGCUCACGACAUAAAGACCAGAGCCCAGGCUGUGAGCGAGAGCAGCUUGUGAUCUUAUGUUUGAGUCGUUGCGAUUUUCAGGGUCUAAGGACCAAUGUUAGUCAUCGCAAUGAACCAUAAUGGUUGAGUUGUCCUAAAGGCAUCGAGUGUGGAAUUCAGAAGGCGUAGUGAUGAGGAGGUGGACUUUUCACUUUCCUUAAUGACAGGACGUCGCUCUUGACGCAACCUGCUUUGUAUCAGCGGUUGGAUAAAGCGCACUUUUGAGCGGAGAUAUUUCCAUCAAUUGAGGCAUACAAAGACGGGGCAUCCCGCUAUCUUGGGCCCAAUUUGUUACUAUCCAUGCUUAGCAACUCGCCGGCUUCGUCGGAGGUCUCCGACUGUUGAUAUGCACGUGUCCUCGAAAUUGAGGACGAAUUGUAGGUCUUUAAUUGGAGUUACCUCGGCCCGCUUCGAUAGUCUUUGUUGCCUUGGUUUUAAAAAAAGAGCCUUAAGUUUAAGCUUGUUGGCAAGCCAUGAUUUUAUAGAGAACCAGUUGGGUAACCAACAUAUGGAGUUUUUGCUAGAUAUAUACCCGUUCACAUCACUGGGACCAAUGACACAAUUUAUUGUUUUCUAAUGGCUGUGCCCUGAAACCUGAAUGAUUCCUGAAUGAUUUCGAUUGGACGAAUGAUAA